CCGCCGGAAGCGGCCAGUGUCCCGCCGAAAGGCGUCCGGGUGCGGCCGGAAGCCGAGUGGAGGCCGGGCCGGCGAUGGCGCGGGAGGGCUCCGGGAGGGCGGGGUACUUGGGCCGGGCGGGGGCCCGGGGCGGGGGGCGGUGGCGGCCCCCGACCUGGGAGGUCUCGGACUCGGACGGCGAGGGCCCCGCCGGCGCGGAGGCCGGCGCGACGGCCCGCGGGCCGGUGAAGGAACGCAGGGCGGCGGCGGAGGAGCGCAGGGCGGCGGCCGAGGCGCUGCGGCCCGAGCAGGCCCUGCGGCGCGUGGCGGUGCGGGUGGACGCAGCCCUUCUGGAAGAUACUGGUGCCGACAUCCUGCUGGAGGCCCUGCGCGCCCUGGGCUGUGAGUACCACAUCGAACCCCAGCGGCCGGCCCGGAGUCUCAGGUGGACCAGAGCGAAGCCGGAUCCUUGUCCCCGCACUGUGCCUUCGGAGGUGUGGGCUGCAGAUGAACAGGACCUCCUUCUGCUCCUGGAGCCCGAGGAGUUUCUACAGGGCGUCCAGCAACUGACCCAGACUCAUGGCCCGUCUUGCUCUGUGCCCUGGAUCUGUCCUGAGAGCUCCACCAGCCCCCGCCUGGCUGUCAUCGGGCUGGAUGCCUACCUGUGGGGUAAUGACGGGGUGUGGAGAGCCAGAGAGAUGGGCAUCUCUGCUCAGGUCUCACCAGCCCAGCAGCCAGGAGAUGCGACGGCCAGAGAGUCCAGCGGUGGACCAUGCCACAGUGGCACUCAGCUGGCCCAAGGUGGAGGAGGCCCUGGUACUCCUGCAGCUCUGGGCACAUCUGGAUGUACUGCUGGUGGCCUCCUGGCAAGAGCUGAGUCAGCAUGUGUGUGCCUUCACCAAAGCCCUCGCUCAACGCCCCUUCAGGCGGUACCGGGAGUCCUGUGCCUUUUCCUUCUGUGUGGCUGGGCGCUGGGCAGCCAGCGAGCGCGUGGCGAGCGGUGGCAGAGGGUUGCGGGGCAUCUGGUGGCGGCAGAUCAGACAGUUCCACCGGGUCAGCCCGGCUGUGGCCGAUGCCAUUGUCACCGCCUUCCCCUCCCCCCGCCUUCUGCAGCAGGCAUACACGAGAUGCAGCACGGAGCAGGAGCGCCUGGCCCUCCUGGCAGACCUCCCCGUGAAGAUGGGCGAUGGCGUGCGGCCUCGCAGGGUGGGGCCUGACCUUUCCCGCCGCAUCUGCCUCUUCCUGACCACCACCAACCCUGAGCUCCUGCUGGACCUGGGCUCCUGACCACACCUGGGGGACAGGACGGGACAUGGUCCACCCCAUGCAAGGGCUGAACUGCCAACUACCCGGGGCAUGGGGGAACAGGGUGCUGCUCCUGGGGUGCAUGGGAGGGCACAGGGUGGCCAGAACAUUCUCGGGUAACUGGGAUGAGCAGGAGAGGAGGAGGUGAGCUUCCCCAGCCCUGGGUCCUGGAUACACCGACUGCGGAGCCGGGGCCCAGUUGGGGCGUCAGGAAGGGGGAACACACACCAAUCAUGGGGAGACUUGGGAGUGGCACCUUCUAAGAAACAAUAAGACAAAGUCUGGAGGGAGGAAAGCACACUGGGUGGUCUCUCCUGGAGGGUGUUGUGAUGCAGCCGGGCCCAAGGGGAGGAGAGCAGUGGGCCUCAGCUGGACUCCAUCCUGUCACCACGGAGGCAUCACAUAAAGUCUAAGUUUA